GGCAGCCGAUGCGCCCAGGCCCCAUCCGCCGCCGGGCUUUGUCCUGACGGAAGGGAGGGAAGGAGAAGGAACAGCGCGGCUCCACCGACCCUCAGCGGUUUAGGCCGUUGCCGAGUGGGGAGGGAGCCUCGGCGGUUACUCCGCAGCCCCAAGGAACGGCUCUUUCUUCCAACGGCUGAAGGAGCCCUCGAGGGGCGGGGGAGCAGCAGCAGCAGGAGUGAGGAAGGCUCCGGUCGCCAGAGGCCGCAGGGCGCAUGCGCGCUCUCUCCGCAGGGCGCGAGGCGACGGAGAUUGGAAGAUGAAUAAUCUUUCUUUUAGUGAACUGUGCUGCCUAUUCUGUUGUCCCCCAUGUCCAGGGAAAAUAGCUUCCAAGCUGGCAUUUUUGCCCCCAGACCCUACUUACACCUUGAUGUGCGACGAAAGUGGGAGUCGUUGGACUCUGCAUCUUUCUGAACGAGCAGACUGGCAAUACUCAUCUAGAGAAAAAGAUGCCAUUGAAUGUUUCAUGACUAGAACCAGCAAAGGCAACAGGAUUGCUUGCAUGUUUGUGCGUUGUUCUCCUAACGCCAAGUAUACCUUACUCUUCUCACAUGGGAAUGCUGUUGACUUAGGCCAGAUGAGCAGCUUUUACAUAGGACUUGGUUCACGGAUUAAUUGCAAUAUAUUUUCAUAUGAUUAUUCUGGAUAUGGAGCAAGUUCAGGAAAACCAACAGAGAAGAAUUUGUAUGCUGACAUUGAUGCUGCUUGGGUAGCUCUUAGAACAAGGUAUGGAAUCCGCCCUGAAAAUGUGAUUAUAUAUGGCCAAAGCAUAGGAACAGUGCCAUCUGUGGAUCUUGCUGCUCGUUAUGAAAGUGCUGCUGUAAUUCUUCAUUCUCCUCUGACCUCAGGAAUGCGAGUAGCUUUUCCUGAUACUAAGAAGACCUACUGCUUUGAUGCAUUCCCAAACAUUGACAAGAUCUCUAAAAUAACAUCUCCAGUGUUAAUAAUCCAUGGGACUGAAGAUGAAGUGAUUGACUUUUCACAUGGCUUAGCUUUAUUUGAACGCCUUCAAAGACCUGUAGAACCACUUUGGGUAGAAGGAGCAGGACACAAUGAUGUUGAGCUUUAUGGACAAUACCUUGAAAGAUUAAAACAGUUUGUGUCACAGGAACUUGUGAAUUUGUAAAUUGCUUUGUAUAGUUACUUGCAGGUGAAUUUAAUUGCAAAACUGCAGAUCUUGAUAACCGCAGUGUAAAACCUGAUGGUUUUGUUUUCAAAUCAGGUCAGUUGCCUUCUUAUGUGUACAGGUGAUGAUUUGUAAACAUAAAUUAAUGAAGGUUUUGAUACCAGUAUUAACUGGAACAAUAGAUGAGGGGGACAAGCUUGUGUAGUUCAAAUAUUUUGUGCAAGUUUUCUUAGACUAUACAUAAAUCAGUUUGCAAGUUUUUCUUAAGAUGUACAAAAAUCAUAAAGUGAAAUUUUAUGUAAAAUCAGAUGCUGUAAAACUGUUGCCAAAUGGUUUAGCAUAUCAGAAAGAAGGUUAUAUACAAUAUUUUUAAAACAUCUCAAACUUUACUGUGACCUCUUCUGUUGCCCAAGUGUAACUGAAGCAGUUGUAAAGUACAAAUAGCCAUUACAAAUGAAGGAAUAUGACAGAAGAAUGGAAGCAACUACUGAAAGUUACAAGCCCUAUGAUAGAGGGAGCAAGUCAAAACAAGUGUUUUAUUAUCUUACGUGUCUUAUUCUUGAGUUUCUUUUUUCCUGAAUCAUUAAUGGCUAAAAAUAUAUUUGGCCAUUGUUUCUUUGCAAAACAAAGGCACAGAAUCUUGAUUCUCAUAUAACUACUCCUAUUAACAUGGUCCAUAUUAAAGCAACUAAAUACAGUACUUCAGCAGUUCCUCUGACAUCAAAAGAUCUUUAUAUGUGGCCACUUGGGCAUUUUGAAAUCGUGUAAAGAAGGAAAACUUGGAUAACAAUAAAAACCGUAAUAUUUGUUUGACUUUUUUGUAUUGGCAAACAUGCAAAGUUGCCAUUGUCUUUUUUGGAUUUGAUUCCAAUAUUUGUAAGUGUAAAACUUAAUUGUUUCAAUUAUUCUGAGAAUUCUACUAAUGUACUGUACUCCUAUAUAGUGAAACGAAUGUUGACAACUCUAGUAAAAUAAGUUGCCUUUCCCUUGAAUACAUUUUGCUUGAAUAAAAUAUAAAAUAGACCUAAAAUGUAGCCUAAUUUGUUAACAAAGUAAUACUUAAAUACACACUGUGCUUCGAAUUUUAAAGCCUUACAUAGUUUACUCAUACUGCUCGUUUUGUGAUUGUCCAGGAAUAUUAUAUAUAAUGUAUUGUGAAUGCUUAGAUUUGAAUGUGUUCAGCCUAAAUAAGAGAAAUUCCAUACACUUGAUGCUCAGUUUUUUCCUGCAAAACCUUAAGUGUAAGCUCCUGAUCAGUCCAUUCUCUGUGACACAAAAGAGUAAGAACAUUUCCCAACGUUACUAAAGCAUCUUGCCAAAUUCUACUGGUUCUGUUUAUAUUGACAUGUGUUUUCCUUCUCCAGAUGUCUGUGCUAUUUUCAUCACCCAUUUCUACUUGAGAGUUGGCUUGAUUCAAGGCAUUCUGUUAGUGUAUACUUUAAUUUUAUGCAAACUGAGUCUGACUUAUUAUUAAGCCUUUGAGUAAUUUUAUGUUUUCAGAAUGAAGGACUGAACAAACUAAGUAUGCUAAAUAAAGAGUUUUAAGAGUUAUCAUAAUAUAGAAAAUUUAUUGCAGAGUUACUGGUUGCAGUGUGGCCUCUACAUAGAGCUCACUGUUGAAAUGCUAUACCAAACAUGAUGUAAUAGAGUAACACAUUUCAUACUCUUCUCUCCAUCCUGCACACCCCAUUUAGUGCUGCUACUAUCAUAAUUGCUUCAGAUACUUUUGCUGUAUUGUUUGGGUCAUAUGGAGAUUUAUCCACAUGGCGCCCUAUGUGAGAGACAAUGGUUUGGCAGGGGAAGAAUAGUAAUAAAUUUUCAUGGAGUAACUGACCCAUGGUUGCAUGAAUGAAGUUAAAAGGCUUUCUACUAUUGGUAAGUAAAAGCUCAGACACCCCCCCCCAGUUUAUAUCACGGUAUCUAAUUAAUAAAACCUGCUUGUUUAAAUACAUUUGUUUGGAUCCACAUUUAGUUAAAUUUAAAGUAGAAUCAGUAUUUUUGUUCAAAGUACAUAAGUCUAAUUUGUCACAACUAUAAACUGGAUAUCUGGGUCGGCUUUGCUUUACAUUCGUUGAAAGUUUAAUUUGGCAAAAGUAUGAACUGAUAGCUUUUUGUAGCAGUGUAGAGAGCCAACAUAGUGUGGUGGUUUGAGCAUUGGACUGUGACUCUGGAAGCCAGGGUUUGAGUCACUUCUCACUCAAAGAACCUUGGGGGAGCCACACACUCUCAGCUUCAGAGGAUGGCAAAGCCUCUUUGAACAACUCUUGCCAACAAACCCCCAUGAUAAGAUUGCCAUAAGUCAGACACUAUUUGAAGGUGUACAACAACUUUCAGUACUACAUGCAUAGAUUCAUAACCAUGUGACUAGAAAGCAUUGCUGAACUUCCUGGAGCUGUUUUAAGUGCAAGUAGAAUUUUGUAGACUUGAUCUAUGAACCUUAGUGCUAAUCUGCUCCACUUAAGCAUAUUUCACUACCAGCAUGGUUUGAGCGUUAGAUUACAGCUCUGGAGACCAGGGUUUGAUUCCCCUCUCAGCCAUGAAAUCCACUAGGUCACUUUGGACAAGUCACAUGGUCUCAGCCUCAGGGGAAGGCAAUGGCAAACCUCUGAACAAAUCUUGCCAAGAAAACCCCAUGAUCAGUUUUCUAAACUUUAAAAAUUUAAUAUCAUAAAGAGAAAAAAGUUAAUAGUGCCCCCCCAACAAAAAGUUACUGUAAUAUAGCUCAAUUUAAUUUUCGUCAGUCCAUAUUCACCUUGGGUGGGAAUUGUGCAUCCCUCAGUACGCUGUUGAUUUGCAGCUGCCAUCAUUCCUCACCACUGGUUAUGCUGAUCAGGGUUUCUAGGAUUUGCAGUUCAUCAGCUGAAGGCCUGAUUUGUUUUAUUUUUAAAGAAUAAUAUAAACAAUCUGUAGGAGCCGAGUAAGUUGAUAGCUCUUACCAUCCUGUACUCUGUAUGUGAAGUUUUAUCAGUUCUACAAAUUUCCAACCUCUUUUGGAGUAAAACUCCCAUUAGCCCCAGACUUCAUGUUCAAUUGCUAGGAAUGAUGGACAUUGUGAUCUUCAACAUCUGGAAGGUACCAGAUUCAAGAACAUUGUUCUAUUUUGUUUUUUGAUAGAUACUGAUGUGUUCAGACAAAUUAAAAAUGCACUGUAGGUGAUAGCUGUAUCAGCAAGUUAAAUUCUAUUGGACCCACACUGCAGAAUAUAUGUGAAAGCAAUGGGGUGAAUUUGCCUCACAGUGUGAUUUGAAGUUAGAGGUAACAAUGCCCUCUUGUUGAAGUUAUGCACAGAUUUUACAAGUGGCUCGUUUAGGCAGCUUUUGCAAAGCUGUGGUAUACUCAAUUGGUCCUCAUUUUUAUCAGCAGGGAAGAAGCUGUAGUCUUUGAAUGUGGCUGUAAUGGCUGGUGUAAAAGGCUUAUGUACUAUAUAUUUUCCCUGUAUAUAUCAGGAGAAAUGUGUCACGUUUUGUUCCCAGUAAUUUGACCAGCCUGGCGCCUGCAGGAAUACAAUAAUGCCACCUAGUAGUAAUCAAGACAGGCUAUACAAUUAUGCUUUUGGAAAACAAAUUUGCUUGUGAUCAGUAGCACCAUUUUUUAGUAAUUAUUUUUGCACAAGGUUUUUAGAAGGAUGAUGUAGGACUCCAUAUGGCCUUUUUUGUCAAGAGCAAAGUAUGGUUUCUAGUGAUUUACUUACAGUGCUGCCUGCUAGCAUCCAGUGUAAGCUCCACCGUUCCAUGUAUGAUCAGAUUUUGGUUCUCUGUGACACUUCAAAGGGUUGUUAGUGGCAGUUUAGAUAACUUCUGCAAGUGCCACAUAUCCAGUGAAAAGCUAUUGACCAGAAAAGUUGCUAUCUUUAUUUUGGGAUUAAUGCUAAAAAGCACCAUGAAAAGGGAGGCAGCAUGACCUGCAGACUAGGGGGUCUCUUUCACCUCUGUGAGGUAUUAAGCACUGUUCACCUCUACAGUGGUGCUGACUUUGAGGGAAGCAGGGCAGUCCAGUUGGAUCCUGCAGCUUGAAAAUUAACAGGGCAUAGACUGCCUGGCUUCAGGCUUAGCACUACCUCAGACCAGCCUUGUUACUUUUAGAAGAUUUGAAACUUCACAUUUGGAAGUGUGCUUCAGAGAGAUUAUUAUGGAUGUGUUGCAUUAUUACAAAGCCUAAGCUAGACAAUGUGAGAUGGAAAGAAUUUACAUUAGCGUAUAUGCUUGUCUAUAAGUCAAGAAAUUUAUGCUCAAAAAUUGACCCCAAAAUCCCUGGUGGACUUAUUUACAGGUCAGUAUGGUAAUGUGAUAGUAGCUCUUUCAGAUUUGCCCAUGCAAGAGCAGUUUAUUUCUCUUCUGAGCCAAGCAGAAAGAGUCCUGGGUGACUGAUUGCUUUUUAACAGAAUUCCUCUUGCGCCUGUGUGGCCACUGUCUGGGGAGUGAAGGAUUAAAUGAAAGCUGAAACCCUGAAGCAAAAAGCCUCAGAGACCUUCUUGCUGCAUGCACACAUACACACCUAAAGGAGCCUCCAGGUUUUACCCUCAACUUAACCACAGAUCAUGACAAAAUCCAUAAUUUUGGCCCCCAAACCUGCCCUUGACUUAUACAUGAGGUUGACUUAUAGCUGAGUAUAUAUGGUAUUUCAAACCUUUUUAAUUUAAUGUCGACUAACUUCUCUGCUUCUGUUCCUUCCCUUCUGUAAAGAUUGGGUUACUCUAAAGUCAGGUCUAAGCUUCAGCCACUGUUAACUCUGUUUAAAAAAAUUCUGCUAUCAUUGUUCUUUAAGGUAAUUCAAAUAAAAGCUAGCUUUUGACUAUA